CCUGCUGCAGACGCCUCCCCGUGUGUCCUGCCCUCCUCCAUCCUCGGCCAGCACUCGGAGCCUCGCACCACAACCAGACCUCCGGUCCCGCUCCCUUGCCAUGAAGGGCCCCCUGCUCGGAGCCAUGUUCUCCCGGCACGUCAAGCGGCACCCCGGACUCGUUCCCCUCAUUGGCUUCAUCAGUGUUGGACUGGGCAGCGCUGUGCUGUACUUGCUCAGGCUGGCCCUGUACAGCCCGGACGUCAGCUGGGACCGAAAAAAUAACCCUGAACCCUGGAAUAAGCUGGGCCCCACGGACCAGUAUAAAUUCAUGGCAGUUUCCACCGACUACAAGAGCCUCAAGAAGGACCGGCCCAGCUUCUGAGCUGCUGCCUUGUGCCAGCCCCCCCAGCACCUUCUGCAGACCCCCCCCAGCACUGCUGGCCUGCUCCACAACAGCCCCAGCACCAGGCUGGACCCCUGCACCAAGCCCCCUCACUCCAGGCCCCUCUGUCCUGCCCUGCAGCAGCUGCUGCUUGCACCACCUCUCCCGCCAGCCCCAUCUGCAUCAAACACAUAGACCGGUAAUAAAUAAAUCACUGAGGGGAGCGAG